CGGCUGACCCAGCAGCCCGCGCCCGCGCCCUUGUCCGCGCGAGCCGGCGGCGGGCUCCAGUUUAGCCGGCGACAUGAGCGGCGGCGGCGGCGGCGACGACGUGGUGUGUACCGGCUGGCUGAGGAAAUCGCCUCCCGAGAAGAAGUUGAGGCGCUAUGCCUGGAAGAAACGCUGGUUUAUACUUCGGAGUGGCCGAAUGAGUGGAGAUCCAGAUGUUCUGGAAUACUACAAGAAUGAGCACUCCAAGAAACCCCUGCGUAUCAUCAACCUGAACUUCUGUGAGCAGGUGGAUGCAGGCCUGACCUUCAACAAGAAAGAGCUGCAGGAUAGUUUUGUGUUUGAUAUCAAGACCAGCGAGCGCACAUUUUACCUGGUGGCUGAGACAGAGGCUGACAUGAACAAGUGGGUCCAGAGCAUCUGCCAGAUCUGCGGCUUCAAUCAGGCUGAGGAGAGCACAGACUCCCUGAGGAACCUUUCUUCAGCCAGUCAUGGUCCCCGCUCUUCUCCAGCUGAGUUCAGCUCCAGUCAGCACCUGCUCCGAGAACGGAAGUCCUCAGCUCCUUCACACUCUAGCCAGCCCACUUUAUUCACGUUUGAGCCCCCUGUGUCAAGCCACAUGCAGCCUACCUUGUCCACCAGUGCACCUCAGGAGUAUCUCUACUUGCACCAGUGCAUAAGCAGAAGGACAGAAAAUGCAAGGAGUGCCAGCUUCUCUCAGGGCACCCGGCAGAAGAGUGAUACAGCUGUGCAAAAGCUUGCCCAGAGCAAUGGACACUGUAUCAAUGGAGUUGGCGGUCAAGUCCAUGGCUUCUAUAGCCUUCCCAAGCCAAGCCGACACAAUACAGAAUUCAAAGACAGUACUUAUGAUCUCCCACGGAGCCUGGCUUCACAUGGCCACACCAAGAGCAGCCUCACAGGGUCUGAGACCGAUAAUGAGGAUGUAUACACCUUCAAGAUGCCCAGCAACACCCUGUGUCGGGAAUUUGGAGACCUCCUUGUGGACAAUAUGGAUGUCCCAACCACUCCUCUCUCAGCCUACCAGAUCCCUAGAACAUUCACACUGGACAAGAACCACAAUGCUAUGACAGUGGCCACUCCUGGAGAUUCAGCCAUAGCUCCCCCACCCCGGCCCCCCAAGCCAAGUCAGGCAGAAACACCUCAAUGGGGCAGCCCUCAGCAAAGACCUCCAAUCAGCGAAAAUAGCAGAUCUGUAGCUGCUACUAUCCCCAGGCGCAAUACCCUUCCCGCAAUGGACAACAGCCGACUCCAUCGAGCUUCUUCCUGUGAGACCUAUGAGUACCCAGCACGAGGCAGUGGAGAAAGUGCCAGCUGGUCUGCUGAAUCUCCAGGAAAGACUGCCGUAGGUCGAUCAAAUAGUGCCAGCUCUGAUGACAACUACGUGCCCAUGAACCCAGGUUCUUCUACCCUGCUGGCUAUGGAACGAUCAGGGGACAACUCCCAGAGUGUCUACAUCCCCAUGAGCCCAGGGCCUCAUCACUUUGACCCACUUGGCUACCCGUCCACAGCUCUUCCUAUUCACAGAGGCCCCAGCCGAGGAAGUGAGAUCCAGCCACCCCCGGUCAACCGAAACCUCAAGCCUGACCGAAAAGCAAAGCCAACACCCCUUGACCUGAGAAACAACACUGUCAUCGAUGAGCUGCCCUUCAAGUCACCUGUCACCAAGUCUUGGUCCAGGAUCAACCACACCUUUAACUCCAGUUCCUCCCAGUACUGCCGUCCUAUCUCUACACAAAGCAUCACCAGCACAGACUCUGGAGACAGUGAGGAGAACUAUGUCCCUAUGCAAAACCCAGUAUCUGCAUCCCCUGUUCCCAGUGGCACUAACAGCCCAGCUCCAAAGAAGAGUACUGGCAGUGUGGAUUAUCUCGCCCUGGACUUCCAGCCGGGCUCCCCAAGCCCUCACCGCAAGCCAUCCACAUCAUCUGUCACAUCAGAUGAGAAGGUAGACUAUGUCCAAGUGGAUAAAGAGAAGACCCAGGCCCUGCAGAACACCAUGCAGGAGUGGACAGAUGUGCGACAGUCCUCUGAACCUUCCAAGGGUGCCAAGCUGUAAUGAAGGAGGCCGCCAAGUUCAAGAGCCAUGAGGCAGCUGCCCAGACCUGCCUCUUCUGUCACCUCUUUCUCCAUUUCUUCCUACACCUCCUCUCCCCUGUACCACUUUCAGCCUUCAAAGCACUCAACAUCAGGGACCUGACCCUUUCCCAUCAGAGGCAAGGGCCUGGUGGAGACACUUCCUCUGCCACUUGGGUUCCACCUAUGACUUCUGUCAAUACUAGCUGUGCCUCCACCACCUUAGUUAGGAGCUGUUGCCAAAAGAGCUUCCUGCUUUGGA